CGGGGGCGGGGCCGCGGGCGGGCAGCGCGGCCGGAGCGCGGGGAGCCGAGCGGCGGCCGGGCCGGCAUGGCGUGGCCCUGCAUCAGCCGCCUCUGCUGCCUGGCGCGGCGCUGGAACCAGCUGGACCGCUCCGACGUGGCCGUGCCAUUGACCCUGCACAGCUAUUCGGACCUCGAGAUCGAGGAGCCGGGCCCGGGCAGUGCCGCCUCGCGCAAGUGCCCGUCCCCUGUGGGCGGCCGGGACCCCAGCCGGGACGUGCCGCUUACUCAGUACCAGCGGGACUUUGGCGUGUGGACAGCGCCCGCGGGGCCGAGAGAUACAGCACAGGCUCGCAGGCCCGGGGCGGGCAGCCGCAGGGUCAAGCCCCCAGCGCCCCCUGGCCGGGGGGUGUAUGUGCUCCCCAUCGGAGAUGCGGACGGAGCUGCAGCGGCGACCACGUCGUACAGACAGGAAUUCCAGGCCUGGACUGGAGUGAAACCGUCCAAAUCCACAAAGGUGAAACCCACCACAGUCAUCACAACCCACAGCUCCAGAUGGGACGGCAGCCCUGGGGCUGGCUUCCAGGUCCCUGAGGUGAGGAAGAAGUUCACCCCUAAUCCCUCAGCCAUCUUCCAGGCCCCUGCACCCCGGAUCCUCAACGUGUGACUGUCCAUCGAGAGGAGUGAGCCCUGGGCAACAGAACCCGUGCCCCAGGGGCUGGGUGAGGUCUUGGUCCGGAUGGACCCUGUGCAGAGGCACCGCUCCUCGCGGGCAGAACAGAGGCCCAGGAGGGACACCACGCCACCCUCUUCUUCCUCAAGAAGUGUGCAGAAGGCUUUGGAUCUUUAACUGCCUCGUUUGGCUGCCCUUCGGUUUUUAAAUCUGAAGAACUUGAUCAACUCUACCAAGAACUGGUCCCUGGGGGCUGAGGAAUAUGGACAUAAUAGGUCCUCGGAAGAUCCAGUAAUGUCCCCUUUGUCCUCCCAGGCUGCAUGAUAAUUUUAUAACCUAUGGUAACCCAAGGCAAUAGCCUUGGAUAGUCCUGCAAAAGGCUCACUCGUUCAGGCUGUACGAGAAAUCUUAGGUUAUCCCCUGCAUGGGACUCAUGAUGAUGCCAACGAGUAACCAGGGAGAAAUUCCCAAAGAAACAAAGUAUCAAUCAUACCGUUUCAACUUUAAAGACAAUUUCUUUAUGGCCAAGAUGACCCUGGUUUUAACCAAACAUUUCUUGGGAUGAGUGAAGUACCAAACCAAUGACAUUUACCAUGUGGUAGGGUUUUGAACCUCACAAGCUCCAGUGCUGUCCCCUUAACAUAUUAAUGACUAGAUGGGAACUACUAUACACACUGGCUAAAAACAGAGCUUUGGGGGGGAAAGGGUGGCAUUAACCUCAUUCCCUAAAAGACCUUUAAAAAGUCACCUCAUUACAGGGAGCUCACUACCUGUCGAGGAGGCAGCUCAUUUUGUUUUUGGAAGGCCCUCUCCUGACUUUCUCGAUAAAUUCCAGCUAAUGGAGCCACCUGGAACCAGCUUGGUCCCCUCUUUGCACAGCAGCCCUUGAAACAUCUGAAGGAGUCUGUGUUCCUUUUACACCUGAGAGGCACCAGCUUGGGACAGUAUUGCUAAGGAAACUCAAGGAUUUCCCCUCGGAUCUUUAUUCCCCUCCAGCCCACAAGGGGCUUAGCUAGGACUGUGAUGUGCCUUGGCUACUGCUGCUGUCCCUUGGAGGCUUGUAGGUUCUGAGGCUUCUCACCCUGGGCUGCAGUCGCAAUGGUGCCACAGAUCCUCCUGCACCUGCCCUCCUCAGAUGCUGCAUAAAAAGGACAGGCUUCUGGUCACUGCCUCCCUGCCUUUUCCCGACUCAAACAUCUAGAGGAUUCAUGAAAACACGGAUUAUCCUGCUUGGAUUUGGCUGCGGAAGCUCCGGCAGACGGUGCAAAUGGUGUGAAACCAGCUCUCCGCCCGGCAGCACUCGAGGCUUGUGUACGUCUGCAGAGUGUCUGGGAUUGGUGGGUGUGUCUACUACUAACAAAGUAAGACCUUUCCUGGUUGUAGUCAAAACUCUUCCUGACCUGUGCUGGGUUCUGCCCAUCCCUUGACAGUGCUCUGAGGCUGGGUGCAGUAAUUCUCUUGUGCUCCAGGAAAUUCUGCCCAGCUUCAGCCUCCGAGGCCUGGGUGUUCUCCACACAGCCUCACCACUUCCUGAGCCGACUCCCGAGGGCUGAGUGUGGAUUCUCCUCACCACGGCCACUGCUGAGUGUGAAGCCUGACCCUCCUUCCAGAUGUUACCAGCUGCCUAUAACCCCAGCCCACAGGAUGGGUGGAAUCUCUAGCUUGCUAGACCCCUUUUCCAUCUCAUGCAAGGAGUCUCGGGCCCAAGGUUGUCCCUUGGAAAACACCCAGAGGAGAGAAGGGCCUGGUAUACAUGGCCUGCCCCACUCUGAGACUGACGGAGUGUGCACGGUGAACAAAAGCCAGCUGCCAGAGCAUGCACCCACUCUCGUCUUCACGCUGCAAUCAGGAAACAGACUUCUGUCCUAAAGGGAUCUGACCUGGGACUGACGCUCUGGUGGUGUUAGGUGGAGCCAACAGCUUGGUGGCCAUGAUAUUCUGACGCACAGAGAAUGACCUGCUCUCCCAAACAGAAGAGUCAUCACAGUUCGAGGCUUUGAAUCCUGCUUUCCUAGGGCCUUCUUCGUUCCAUUCAUUGAUCUUCAUUCAGAAUCCCCAUAUGUUUAUUUGUGAGGAAGUCCAGAAAAGGAAUGUUACAAAUGGCCUGGUGAAUAUUACUCACUGUAAUUUCUUUGGGAAUCCUGGUCCAAAAAACAAAGAUAUGAGGAGUGAUUCUCUCUCUACAUAAUUUAAUCAGUUAAGCUACGAAAGGACCAUCUGUGUACAGGCCCUAACAGGCGGGGAUAAUGAUGGUUUGGUGCUACUCUGGGGAUGGGGAGCGGCCAGGUGCUUCUCUUCCUCCCUUUCUCUUCUUUCCCACUAAUUCCUUUGACUCUGGUGAGAUGUGACCUCUUCACAGCCAGCUCUAUUUAGGGCUCAAAUGGGACUUCCCACUCAUAGGCAGGAGACAGAUUUCAAGAAGUUGAUUGAAUGAUUAAGGUAAAACAAACCAACAAAAAAAGACUUUGAGGACUGAGAAAAGAUAAAGGAAGUAAAGUGGAGCGCAGAACAGAAUGAUACUAUAAUUCAGUCUUGGCCAGUAAAAACGGAGUCAAAGCACCACGGAACACAAGGGCCACAUUUCCCGUCCCUUGGAAAGAUGGGAGAUGGUGUUAUGCUGGGGUGUGAUGUUCGUGUUCUUAUCAAAAGCAGUCAGGUCACUCUGUGUCUCCACAGCUGGGACCAUGGAGGUGAGCAGGGGGCCAGAGGCACUCAGCCCACUCUCAGAUUUCAAGUAGGACAACAAGCAGCAUUACUGGAACUCCUCUGUCCCCUGCUUUUCAUAAAGGACUGUCUAGACUGCCCCAUGUGUUAUGUUCCUGUCCAGUCUGACCUAAUAAUAUUCCUCUGAUUCAGGCCUCCUCAUGUCUUUGGGUACGCUGUUAAGAUUCUAUUAAUUUAUGGCAGCCUUUACAUGCAAUGGAAUACAGUUAAUUUGUUUCCUUUGAAGGGAACGACCAAAUGUAGAACAAAGGCCUGUCUACCAUUCUGUCAGGGCCCAGGAAAAGAGCAAAAUGCAGAGUCCCAAUCAAUGACAAUGAGAGAGGCUGCAAAGAGCAGUGGUGAGCUUGCAGGCUUUAGAGCCAAUGAGAUCUAAGUUUAAAUCUAGGUUCUAUCAUGUACUUGGCUAGGAAAGCCAAACAAGAUAACCCUUCAGAACCUGGGUUCCCGAUUUUUAAAAAAGGGAGCAUGAGUUCUGCAAUGAUAAACAAAUUAGGUAAUAUAUGCAAGUACCUGGCCCCAAGUCUAACAUGAAGUGGACACUGUUGUUACCUUUAACUGCAAAGGGCUGCUAUUUACUCAACCUUGUAACAUACCAGAGGCCAACUGAACAGUGUCUAAGCAGUGGAGAUGGGGAAGUUACAGAGCUGGGGCAGCGGGGAGGCACAACCAAGAAAUUCUCCCAAAACCAUCAAGCAGACCCGCCUCAGUCUGGCUCUGAGAAUGUCCCCAGCCCUGACACCCCUACCUCCCACUGGACUGAUUUAGGUACAAAACAUCUUUGUGGGCAACUGUCCGGAAAUAUCUGUGAGCCCGACGCCACUGAUUAAAGAGGUACGGUACCUGUUGUGAGAUGCUGCCUGGUAUCCAACCGCCAAAGCCUGUCUCAGGAUGUCACUGACCAGCUGCUCCGUCGCCUACGACAGAAGAUGCUGUUACUCUCAAAAUGGCCAUCUGCUUGCUGGCAAGAAAGGAUGCAGCUGACCCCAUCCCAAACCCUAACAACUGUAUCUAAGGACCAAAAGUUCUUAAGGAAAAAUUAAAGGUUCAAAUAAUAGAUUACAAACAGUAGGCCACAGUGAUAGAGACCAUGACUCUGAGAAAUUCUGAAUGGUCAGAAAUUAUGUCCAACUAUAGUUUUCAUAGUCAGAUAUUGUUUUUGUUUGCUUUUUCCUGCCUGCAGCAUGCACAAGUUCCUGGGCCAGAGAGUGUAACCUGAGCCACAACAGUGAUGACGCUGAGUCCUUAACUACUCGGCCACCAGGGAACUCCAAACACAAACUCUUGAUGUUGAUGCUUUGACAUUCAGAGGAACUACAAUUUGGUUCAUUUAAAAAUCAGAAGAAAAAAAAAAAAUCUUUGGAGUUCCCAUUGUGGCUUACUGGAAACGAACCUGACUAGUAUCCAUGAGGAUGCGGGUUUGAUCCCUGGCCCUGCUCAGUGGGUUAAGGUUCCGGUGUUGCCAUGAACUGUGGUUUCAGUCACAGACACGCUCAGAUCCUGAGUUGCUGUGGCUGUGGCUGGCAACUACAGCUCUGAUUCAAUCCCUAGUGUGGGAACUUCCACAUGCCACAGGUGCGGCCCUAAAAAACAGGGAAAAAAAGAAUCUUAAAGCCUGUCAUCUUCUACUUCUGUCCUUGUCCCUUACUCAAGGUAGCCUGAGAUCCAAACUGUCCUGCCCGGCCGGCCCCUCACUGCUUCAGCCCCUGGGGCAGUUCACAGCCCCUCCGCUGCCCAUAGGCACCCACCUUUAAAAUCAUGUCCUCCACCACCGACGCAUACACAUUCCUGUGAAGUGCCACAGGCUGCAAGGUGAUUCCAAUCUGGAAGAGCAGAAGGAAGCCAUUUGUUCCUACUUCUACAUUAAAAACAAGCACAUCCUCUGAUAUGCAAGGAUAUCUGGGUGGAAGAAUAACCCUCCAAACAUUCUAGAUAAAACUCAUGGAGAAGAAACACAGAAUAUAGCAACUGGAGCCAUUUGCUGUUCUGUCACUCCAUGUUUCUGAGGGAUUGUUAAAAAUGCUAUCAUAAUCCUGCUCUUACUCCCCAGAUCUCCUUGCUGGGAGAAUAAAGGAUUUGCCAUGAAUUCUGAUGGUGGGGGUCAACACAUUGUAAAGCCUGGAAUCGGACUCUGAGGCCCUACUUGCAAAAGGUGGUGAAGGGAUUAUUGGAAACUGCCCCGUUUUUCAUUUGCUCUUGUAAGUGUAAGCAAACACUGAGGCACAGCCGAGUUCCCUCAGGGGUGGGCUGGUAAUUCUCUGCUGUCCUGUAAGGGCAGUGGGUGCCACAUCCACACCCAGGCAGGGCACCUGGGCUUUAGCAAUGUCAGGGAAAGCUCAUUAUGACACACCUCAUGAGGGACAGAUGCUUCUACUGAGGCAAACGAGAGACAAGAUGAAAAGUAAAAAACUGCCUGUAUCUAGCUGCCUUUGCUUCGAUUCCACGUUCAAGGAGCAACAUCUACAAUGUAAUUCGUGUUCUUGCCUCAGGGCCCUGAUGUGGGAAGGCAGGUGCUCAGAGCAGAGCCUGGGUUUACUGGCAGAAGGAGACCACACAGACUUCAGCAGAACGUCUGCUGUCGGUUCUAAGGCCAAACCUGGUGAGGGAUCCAGCAGCACAGGCCUCAACCCCCUACCUUCUGUGUGAUGUCACCAAUAAAUUCAGAGCCUGGCGUUGGUGGCAGGUAGAAUUUCAUUUCUUCCUGUUUCUCUUCCUGUUCCUUUUUGAUGUUUAUCUUUAGUGGCUCCGAGAGGCUGAGGAUGUCCACUUCCUCCUCAUUCUCCGGCUCGCUCUUCUGAAACUGCUGCAGGUCUUCCAGUUUCCGGCAGAGGUUGUCAGCAGAGGAGAAUGAUGAUGGGCACUCUAAAUGAGAGGUGAUCAGUCUUAUGGCAGCUGUGGUGACAAAAGAGAGGGACUUCCCCUCCCCAAAAGACCAACAGCCUGAGAGCCAAAGAAGAAGGGUAUCAAGGAAGCUGACCUUCUUUCCAGUUCUGAAAUUCUACGGAUCUAUAAUUAUGAGAACUAAGAAGUCAUAAGGCAGACAAGCAGCAAGACAGGCAUCUUGUGUAAAGGUAGAUGUGAUGAUGUUAAGGGCAACCUAAGUCAAAGCAGCACACAAUUCUGACUUACGCCACCAAAAAUGAGGUCAUCUUCCCACCCCACGGAUUUUUUUUUUUUCAAAUUUUAAAUCUGAACAAUUUAAAAUGCAUAAUGGAGAAAUUAUAAGGCACCCCUCUUCUCACUGCUCAGAGAUAAGUACUAUUAACAUUUUAGUGUAUACCAUGCAUCCAAUCUUUAAUAAGCUGAUUUAUACAAAGCCCAACGAAGAGUAUUAUAACUGUAAAGCCAGGGGAGCUCUCAUCGUGGCUCAGCGGAAAUAAAUCCAACCAGUAUCCACCAGGAUGUGGGUGUGAUCCCUCAGUGGGUCAAGCAUCUGGUGUAGCUGUGGCUGCGGUGUGGACCAGCAGCUGUAGCUCUGAUUCAACCCUUAGUCUGGGAACCUCCAUAUGCCAUGGGUGUGGCCCUAAAAAAGCCAAAAAAAAAAAAAAAAAAAAAAAAAAAAAAGAACUGUAAAGCCUGGAGGGGCUCUGGGAAUCUUCUAGGGCACCCCUUUCACUUUAUGGCUAAGUAACAAGAGGUCCAGAGCAGCUACACGAGGGGGUUAAGGGCACCCCGCAGGGUGAUGGCAGAGCAUCCAGCUCCUGGCAUCCUGUGCUACUGUAGGCCGGGCACUCACAGGUUAAUCAGCCACAGUAACAGAAGCCCUGGGCCGGUUCUGCGUAUACUACCGGUGAAGCACAGAAGUACGGACAUGGUCUCUGCUUGCCAAAGAGCUUAGAUAUGUAAGUCUGACAAACCCUUAAGGUUCUGACAUUAGAUGUCACUGCAGAUAAGAGAAAAGAGAGGUCGCCUUGCCUUUGGGUUCUCAGAAAAGUUUCAUGGAGAAAAUGGGACUUAAGUCUUAAAGGCCCCCCUGUGUUUCUAGUUCUCUCAGACGGGGGGAAUGGAGCACCUGUUUUUCUGUAGAAAUGGGGUUGAGAAGAGAAAACAACCCUUCUUAUUCUUUAAGAUGAAACUCAAAAUAUUCUCCCCAUGUUUGUUUUAUGCAUAGCUCCCCCUUGACACCUGCCCACUUAGAGCUCUGUUAUUUGUAUCUUUAUCAUAAAACAAUUCAUUUUAUCUGCAACAGGGAGUUCCCAUUGUGGCUCAGGGGAAACCAACCUGACCAGUAUCCAUGAGAAUGUGUGUUUGACCCCUGGCCUCACUCAGUGGGUUAACGAUCCAGUGUUGCUGCGAGUUGUGGUGUAGGUUACAGACAUGGCUCGGAUCUGGCAUGGCUAUGACUGUGGUAUAGGCUGGCAGCUGCAGCUCCCAUUCAACCCUCUACCCUGGGAACUUCUAUAUGUCAAGAGUGAGGCCCUAAAAAAAAAGCUUUUUAUCUGCAACAUUAUUAGCUGUUCACACCUGUGCCUCCAACACUUCCUAGCUAGGUUUUGGAGAGAAAGUAACAGAUAAGACCUCAUCUCCAUCUUUAAGGAGGCUGCAAAGACUUGUCUAUGUGGGGGGUGAAUAUAAGGUCACAAAGGAAGAAGUUACUUCUACCUGGAGGAAAGGAAGUGGUCAGGAAAGUCUUCCAAGGAGAAAUGAUGCUGAGGAGGGGGAGCUCCUGAACGAAAGGUGUGUGUCUGGUGCAUGCCAUGGGCUGGAACAUGCCUGGCCGGGACACAGCACUUGGGACACUUGGGCACAAGUAAUUCUGUAGGGGGUGUCCUGGGGGGCAGGUGGGACACACGGCCAGAGGUUAGCAAAGGCUCCUGUUUUCCAAGGCAGCUCCUGGAGUCCUCGGGUCCCUUCACUUCAGCUGAAGGACAGAGCACUUGAAAACUGCUGGGGCUGAUGAGGCCCAAGAACUGUGGAGGCUGAGAGAUGAGUGCGUGUAACAUGGAAAAACCUCUCUGCUGUGGUGAUGCUCUGAGUCUCCCCUGACACUUACCUGGCUCACUGUCGAUCUGGGUCAGCACAUCCUCAAUUGAAUCCCCUUCACUCCUCAGGCUCUCAGGGUCAGGUGGGGUGUAGCCGUGGCAGCGACACCAGUGAGCAAUGUGCUUGGUUUUAAGGGGAGUCAGGUGGUGAAACCGUGGAUUCUUUUCCAGUAUUUCUUGUAAGACUUUUCGCAUUGUCAUUGCUCUUUGCCACUUAAAAAAAAAUUGGGGAAGUGGGAAGGGAAACCAUAAUCAAAUUCUUCCACUUUAGAAGUACGUUUAAAUAAAUCACCCAAUUGUAAAUUACCAUGCUAACUUGUUAGAAUCAUUUUUUUCUAAGGAAAAAAAACCAAAAAACAAUGGUGUUACUCCUUGGUCAAAAAAAAAAAAAAAAAAAAGUAAAAGAACUUCUGCC